CCUCCCCUGCUUUAAGAGGUCACCCUUUAUUUCCUACAAGACAAAACUGCGGGAGAAAACACUAUUCUAGACCACACUAAUCGAGCACAGGCAGCAGCUCAGGCCGUAUGAUCCGAGCACCGACCGGCCCACUGAGCAAACAUGGCGGAUGACAAGGAUCCUCUGAAACAGUUGAGAGAUCUGACGCAGCUCAAAUCUCAGCUGGAGGAGAUCCAGAGGCGAGUGGAGAGCGAGGUCUCUGUAGGAAUUCCUCAGGGAGGCACUGUAUUGGGAUCUCCAUUUCUGAAGGGCUUCCUGGCCGGCUAUGUGGUGGCCAAGCUACGCUCCUCUGCCAUCCUGGGCGUGCUGCUGGGAACUCUAACUGGCAUAUACGCGGCACAGAGCUAUCAAGUGCCCAACAUCGAAAGGACUGUCAAAGAUUAUAUGAACAACUUUAAAAAGGGACCAAAGUAAUUUUGGGCCGACUGUUCGUCCUCACCGUGGCAAGGCAGACAAGAGGAAGUGGUGUUGCAGCUGCUGGACUGUCAGUGGCUUGUUCCAGAUCAUCAAGAUUUUAUGAUAUAACUGGAUCUUCAUUCGGGACUUAAAGUUAAAGACUGGGGUGUUGUUUUUUUUAUUAGUAUUUUUGUUUCAUUUUUCACUUGUAACUGUUUGAUCCUAAGACAAAAUGUAAUACUUUGUGCCUGCAAGGUUUGGUCCAGCAAAUUUAAUGAAUCGUCUCGGUUUUGUUGCCUGGAGCAACUGUCUUUAGCCCAAUAGAUUUAGAAUCAGUCAUUUUAAAACAGGCAGUAAUGUUUCCUGAGCUUUUUAUUGUUCAGCUUAAGUAACAUACAGAGUUAUACAGAUAAUGGUACGUCUAAAGUGUAUUAUAAUUGCUAUUUAAAUGGUUGAGAUUUA